AUGCGAAUAGUUUUAACUGGAUUUGCGCCUUUCGGAUCCAACGCGGAGAACGCUAGUUCAAUUGCCGUCCGUACUUUGGAGGAACUAUGGAAUUCCACUGACAAACUGCGUGAUUCCCCUAUCAACUUGACUUUGGUGGUGAACAUUCCAGUUACUUAUCGGGAUGUAUUGGAGACUCUCCAAUCGAUAUGGUCACAGAACCCGGACCUCGUGGUUCACGUCGGUGUCAAUGCUCACAUCCAAUCGGUGGCCCUAGAGACGCGCGCUUUUAAUGGGAUUUACGAUCAUCCUGGUGUAGAUCAUUGUUCUUGCGAUCACAACGGAUUAUGUAUACCUGACGGAGCUGACGUGCUCUGUUGUCAGCUGGAUUUAAAUCGCACUUUUGAUGUACUCGUGAGCAAAGCUCUUCCGGUCGUCCUUUCUGACAAUCCUGGUCUGUAUUUAUGCGGUUUCAUCUACUAUCUCUCACUCUCUCGGGCUCCCGAUCGAUCUGUGUUUAUCCAUGUACCUCCUGUCUCUUCGAACAUGACGGCUCGUGAUUUGGCUGUGAUAUUGUUUGAGAUUAUUCAAGAUCUUGGCAACCAACUGGGUUUGCCUGUACCCAAUGUGACGUUCAGCUAA